AUGCCGGAGGUCGGGGCGGACGGUCAGCCCCAGCCCGACAGGGCCUCAAGCAACGAGCCACGCGCCAAGGUGCCGCCCGCUGCUGGAGGUGGCCAGGAGGGGACCGACCAGCCACCCGUUCCUCCGACGGAUGCCACCGACUCCGUCCUCCAGUCCUCCGCCGCCUCGCCUGCUACUGGCGAUCCUUCUGUCCAGAUGGAACCACCUACUGCGCCAGGUGGUGCAGCCGACUCCAGCGUCCGGCCAGAGUCCUUGGCCACGCCGUCCGGCACCGUCCAGCCGAAUCCUUCUGCUGCGCCAGCCGGCACCGCCCAGCCGGAGUCUUCUGUUGCUCCAACCGGCACCUCCCAGCCGGAGUCUUCUGUUGCUCCUUGGGGUUUUAUCUGCUUUCUGCUUGCCGUUCUGAACAUUUUGUUAAAUCCGCGCAAUUCCACCCUCGGGGUCCGUGGCAUAGACGGGGCGCUCUGCCCCGAACAUGCUGGUGACGGUCGCGCCACGCUGCCGAACUAUGCCGAGGCGGGUGGGGCCCUUAGGAGCCGGUGUGCCGCCUACAGCCCAGUCCAUCUCGCGCCGUUAGGCGUCCGAAAGCCGGCGCAUGCUGGCCAGGCGGCCAGCAUUUUCGAGAAGCUGGAGGCGGCGUGCCUCCAGCGCCUCAGCGUCCCCACCCUCGGGAACGUGCGCUGUGAGAUCGCGCAGAGUGGCGUCGAGGGGAUCUUGAGCACGCCCGUCCGAGUGAUCUUCACUGUUGAUGACGAGUACCUCCGUGACGGUGCUCCCGCUGCUAUACUCGUGAGGAGUUUGGGACCCUCGCCGUGGAACUCCGUGGAGAACCGCCGCGCGCUGCGCCGGCGGAUGCUACGCCGAGCUCCCAGGCUUCUCGCCGCCGUAAAUCUCACCUUCCCCGCCACAGCCAACCUCGCCCGCACUUCCUACCCGGACCUUCACGUAGCAUUAUUCCACCAUGCGCCCGCCGAGGGCGAGGGCGGCGCCCGCUACCUGCUCGACGGAAUGCCCCACGGGACACGGGCCAGCUCCAUCGUGCGGGCGCUCAGGGAGGACGCGCGCCCCGCCGCGGACGCCGUCGCCGCCCUCCACUGCGCGUCCCUCAAGUCCGGCGCGGUGCUGGACCCGCCCGUGCGCACCUCCCUCCUCACGGCCUACGCCAGGAGGAGGGGCGACGUGUGUGCCGCCCUGGCGCUGUUCGACGAGGCCGCCCGCCCGGACGUGAUCCUAUGGAACGCCGUGCUCGAUACUCUGACGCGGAGCUGCCGCCUGGGCGACGCCAUGGCUCUGUUCCGGCGGAUGGCACGCGUGCUCGGGGCAUUCGAUUCGGCCACCCUGGUCAUCAUGCUGUCGGGGGCGUCGCGCGCCAGAGACGUGGACCUUGGGACGGCGCUCCAUGCCGCGGCCGUGAAGAGACGCCUCGACACUGACCUGAACCUUCAGAAUGCUCUCGUGGACAUGUACGCGAAGUGUGGGCGUUUCUGCGCUUCGGAGGCUGUGUUUUGGACGAUGCCGUGUUGGGACACCACCUCAUGGAAUUCUAUGAUUGGUGGAAGCGCGUUCAAUGGACUUUUUGAUGUUUCGGCUUGUUACUUCAGGGAGAUGAUCCGUUUCACGGUUCAGGCAGAUGAGGUCACCCUGUCUUCUGUCCUUUCAGCAUCAUCUCGCGCAGAUGGUCUUUUUUCCUUUGGGAGGUCUGUCCAUGGCUAUGUGGUCAAGCUUGGUUAUGGCGACACUGCGUCUUGCUCGGUGGCGAAUUCUCUUAUAACAUUUUAUUCGGAGCUUGGAUUUACCGAGGACGCAGGGAAUGUCUUUGCAGGCAUUUCCAGUAAAACUUUGGUAUCAUGGAAUGCUAUGAUCAAGGGACUGGUGGAGAAUGAAAAGGUCAGCGAAGCCCUCUUUGUUUUCCAAGAAAUGAUAUCAGGGUACCAGCCAGAUCAUGCCACUUUGGUGACUGUAAUUUCUGGCUGUGCUGAUCAAGGACUACUCUGUGAAGGGAAAGAAAUCCACGGAUACAUAGUCAGAAAAGGCCUUCUGCAUGAGGAGUCUUCUAUAGGAAAUAGCUUACUUGGCUUAUAUAUGAAAUGUCAUGACUCAUUUACUGCUAAGCUUUUGUUCAGCACAAUGCCAGUAAGAGACCUGAUCUCAUGGAACACAAUGCUUUCUGGUUACUCAAGAGAUGUCUCACUGGGAGUAGAGGCUCAAGCUAUGUUCAAAGAGCUGCUUUCUGAAGGUUUAAAGUGCACUUUGACUACUAUAAUUGCUGUUCUUCCUUCAUGCUCUUGUCCAGAAGACCUUAGCUUUGGCAAAGGAGUUCACUCUGUUAUCCUGAAGUAUGGAUUUGUGAGUGCAGUUUCAGUUGUUAAUGCGUUGAUGCACAUGUACAUAUGCUGCGGGGACACACUGGCUGCCUUAGCGCUGUUGGAAAGAAUAAUGUUGGUAUCAGAUAUUAUUUCAUGGAAUACAGCCAUAGUAGGCUGUGUACAGAAUGGACUACAUGGUGAUGCCUUGGAAGCCUUUCGGUUCAUGCAUUCGUCUUUGCCAGUAAAUCCUGACAGCAUUACACUAGUUAGUGUUUUAUCAGCAUGUGGAACUCUUAAACUGCACUCCCUAGGAAAGUCCAUCCACUGCAUGUCACUGAAGCGCUUGCUUGCAUGCAAUUUGAGGGUGAAGAAUGCCCUGUUAACCAUGUAUUUCCGGUUUGCAGAUACUGAAAGUGCCGAAUCAAUCUUUUAUAGUCCCGGAGAUAUAAAUUUGUGCUCCUGGAAUUGUAUGAUCUCUGGCUUUGCACAGAAUAAUGAUGGCUGGAGAGCAUUGCAGUUCUAUCAGAAGAUUGAAGACUCUGUGCCUGAUGAAAUGUGUACUGUCAGUAUCAUCUGUGCUUGCACUCAACUAGGGGAUCUUAGAUAUGGAAAGAGCAUACAUGGGCAUGUGGUCAGGUCUGAUCUUCAAAAUAAUGUUUUUGUUUCAGCAUCGCUAGUUGAUAUGUACAGUAAGUGCGGAAGACUCGACGUUGCUGUCAGAGUAUUUGAAUCCUCUGCUGAAAAAUCAAUUGCAUGCUGGAACUCCAUGAUAUCAGCUUUAGGAUUUCAUGGGCAUGGGUUGCGAUCAAUAAAACUUUUCUGCAAGAUGAUUCAGUCUGGGAUGACAGCCACGAGAAGUACUUUUAUUGCUCUUUUGUCAGCUUGCAGUCACUCUGGACUCACUGAUGAAGGAUGGGAGUAUUACCACCUUAUGUCAGAGAAAUUUGGGAUUACUCCAACAGACGAACACCAUGUAUGCAUCGUAGACAUGCUUGGACGUGCUGGUCGGCUGCAGGAAGCACAUAAAUUUGUGGAGAGUUUACCAUCCAAGGAAGCACAUGGAGUUUGGGGUGCACUUUUAAGUGCUUGUAGUAACAAGGCUGAACUCAAGAUGGGCGAGUCCAUCGCAAAGCAUUUGCUCUGCCUGGAGCCUGAAAACAGUGGUUAUUAUGUGACAAUUUCUAACCUGUAUGCAAAUCAAGACAUGUGGGAUGGUGCAGUCAAGGUUAGGGACAUUUUGCAAGAUAAACGGUUGAUGAAGCCCCAUGGUCACAGUAUUGUUGGAUAAAGGGUGGCAAAGGAACCAUGGAAAUGGAAGCUAUGCUGUCCAAGAAAAAUUUCGUGCACGCUCCCUUCACUAUUUUUAUUCGUGCAGACUCGCUCAAGCACGAUGCAGGUGGUCCUGUUAACCAGCCACUUAAUCCUAUCUCAUAUUCAGGGAAUAUGUAAUUGACAUCGCUAUCCAGUAUGCGUAGAGGCAAUCUUGUGAUAAUCCAACUUUGCACCAUUCUGCCGACGACCAUACAGCUGCAAUUCUGAAUCUGGCAUUCCGGCACUUGACACGGUUUUCCAGGCUCAUCAGGUGGCUUCUGCUGAAGAUGCUAACCAGAGGUUUGUCUGUACGGCAACGCACUCGAGAGCCAAGGAAAAGCAAAGAUCCAACUGUGUGAAAAUUCUGCAAUGAUGGUACGCUGCGUGCCAAAAUUCGCAGUUUAGGCUGGCAUGCUACAGCUAGUUUUGGUUUGAUAAAUGGAGGAGCAGACAAAUUGGGUGGUUAUAAUUGGGUGUUUGGGCGCAGGCAGAGGCAGACACGGAGCAUGUGACCGCACUGGAAGCCAGCCUAGAAAAAUACUCUGGAGUGGACAGCCAUUAAUCAUCACCGUCCCUCUCUCUUCAACUCCAGCCUGCCUGCUUGCCAGGAUCUCUCUCUCUCUCUCUCGGUCCUCUCUCUGGAGUGG